AUGUUGCUGAAGAAGAGAGCAUGUCUGAUCACCACACAGGCCGCAUCAUCCGUCUCGCCGUUUGAGCCGCGCCAAGGCAUUACCAAGGGUGGCAAAUCCAUCAAGUUCAAAGUCAAUAUGGACAAGGGCAGGCAGGGAAAGACUGGCUGCAACGGUGUGGUUUUCGCUGAGACAGUCACGUUUAUUGACAAGGGCAACAUGCCCAACAUUGCCGACGCGGGGAUCACAGAGAACCAUGCUGGCUGGCGACGCUUGUCGACGAUCCUGGCUUUGCUCUCAACUUGA